AUGCCUGAAUCUUGUUCCUCAACCAGAGAUCUAUCUUUGUCAUUCAGACCGGCAUGGUGUAAUCCAAUGCCAAACUGCAAGAUUGGACUGCGAGUGCAAGCUUCGUCUUCGCUUCUCUGUCUCUUCAUUUCGCUCGCACACCACAUUCCUCAGCGAGAGCAAGCUUCGUCUGUCUUCAUUUGGAAAAAAAAGGACGCUCAGACCUGCCCAGGCCGCCUAGAACCGCCUAGACGCCGCCUAGACCCGCCUAGGCCGCCUAGCCGCCUAGGCCGCCUAGGCGCCGCCUAG